UUGGGAAUCUUCCUCCCCGGCCCUUGGUCACCCUUGAUGCUGGCACCACGAUGGCUCAUGGCUGCGGUCGAACACAUAAAGGCGCAGGAUUUCCGUCACCUUUCUUGCCAUGCUUUCCGUCCUUUCCUUUUCCUUCCUUAAGCUCUUCUAAGAGUUAGAUCUUCUCUCCUCCUCUCUUCCUCCUGAUCAUCUUCUUCAUCAAUCGGUGUCUGAGGUCUGACCACCUCACACCCUCCCACCACAAUGGCGGACCAAAAGCCCCUUGCCUCCGUGCCCUCGCCUGAAAAGGCCACAGAGGCAGGCACCACCACCACCACCACCACCACCACCAUACCCCAAGCCCAAGACGACGUCGUCCUCGUCGAAGCCAAACACGCCGCCGACACCGAGCACGAAAUGACGCUCCUCCGCGCCAUCCAUCUCUACCCAAAAGCCAUCGGCUGGUCCGUCCUGCUCUCCUCGACCCUGAUCAUGGAAGGCUACGACCUCGCCCUCUUGGGGAGUCUGUACGCCUCGCCUGUCUUCAACAAGAAGUUUGGGGAGCUCACAAACCCGGCCACGGGCAAGUACGCUGUGUCAGCCGCUUGGCAGUCGGGUUUAUCCAACGGAGCAAGAGCGGGAGAGAUCUUUGGACUGAUCUUUGCGGGUUGGGCAGCUGAUCGGAUUGGGUAUAAGAAGACGACGAUUGCGAGUCUGGUGUUGAUGAUUGGGUUUGUUUUUGUGUUGUUUUUUGCGCCGGAUGUGAAGGUUUUGGUGGUGGGGGAGGUUCUUUGUGGUAUUCCCUGGGGUGCCUUCCAGAGCGUUACACCCGCCUACGCCUCCGAGGUUGCGCCGCUGGUGCUUCGCCCGUACCUGACCACCUUCAUCAACAUGUGCUGGGUAAUUGGCCAGUUCUUCGCCGCCGCCGUCAACAAGGGCUCCGUGGGCCGGACCGAUCAGUGGGCGUACCGUAUCCCCUUUGGAGUGCAGUGGGUGUGGCCGAUUCCCAUCCUGGCCGGCCUCGUCUUUGCGCCCGAGUCGCCUUGGUGGUACGUCAGACAUAACAAGCGGGAGGAGGCUAAGCAGUCGCUGCUCCGUUUGACGUCAAGGAACCAGCCUGGGUUCAAUGUGGAUGAGACGCUGGCUAUGAUCGAGCAUACCAAUGAGCUCGAGAAGCAGCUGAAGGAGGGUGUUACCUUCCGUGACUGCUUCAGGGGUAUUGAUCUCCGCCGUACGGAGAUCGUCGUGGGCAUCUGGCUUGUGCAAACGCUCGGCGGCCAGAACCUCAUGGGCUACUUCUCUUACUUCCUCACGCAAGCGGGCAUGGACCCGAGCAACUCGUUUUCGCUCUCCAUGGGCCAGUACGCCCUUGGAAUGGUCGGCACCGCUGGCUCUUGGUUCCUCAUGUCGCGCGUCGGCCGGCGACGGAUCUACUUCAGCGGUGUCUGCGCACAGUUCUGUCUCCUCAUCAUCGUCGGUGGUCUCUCCUUCGGCGGGAACAAAGCCUCCGUGUGGGCCAUCGGUGGCGUCCUCAUCGCUUUCACGUUCGUCUAUGACUUCGCCGUUGGACCUGUGACGUACUGUCUCAUUUCGGAGCUGUCGUCGACCCGUCUAAAGGCCAAGACCAUUGUGCUUGCUCGUGCGGCGUACAAUGCUAGCAACAUCUUUGUCAAUGUCAUGACGAAUUACCAGCUGAGCUCGACGGCGUGGAACUGGGGCGCCAGGACGGCGUUCUUUUGGGCGGGCAGCUGCUUGUUGUCGGCGAUUUGGGUGUUCUUUAGACUGCCGGAGCCGAAGGGGAGGACGUAUGCUGAGUUGGAUAUCUUGUUUGAGAAAAAGGUUGCGGCGAGGAAGUUUGCAAAGGCCAAGGUUGACCCUUUUGAUCUGCAGAGUCACGGUGGGAAGAAGAUGUCGCUUGAGGAGACGGAGAGUCAUGAGGGGAAGGAGACCAAGGCUUGAGAGGCGGGAUUGUAGAAAAGUUUGUUAAUGCGUGAUUGAUGGC